UCAACUUUGGUGGCUGCUGUCGUUGCGAAAUGCGAAUUGCGGCUUGAUUUGUGUUUUUCGUAAACUAUAACAUCUUUAAAAACGGAAUUAAACUACAUGGUGAUGGAAAUAUAAUUUUACAAAAUGAUGAAGUCCCUAGUGGCUCAUUUUCGCAACUAUCUUAGCUGGUUGGUCAGCGAUGAUGAUACCGCGUUCAACAGAAGCUUCAAAAGAGACAGGAAUGACGAUGACUCCUCGUCUGAUGAUGAGAAUUCUACUCUGAGAAGGUUAAAGAAACUAAGAAAAACAUCGUUUCCCGACGUUUUGGGUACAAGAGAUACAUGGGAUGAUGCUAAAAAUGUAAGAUAUGUACCAAUUCAAGUUGAAGCUGGCCACCCAAGUACAUCAACACCCAAUGAAGGGUUGAAGUAUAGCAACAGGACACGGGCAAUCCCUAUCAAGUUGGUAGAUAGUCCAAAUGGGUCUUCAACUCCAUCAAGGAAACCUCGGAUGCAGUCUGUAAAGCCUAUUGCUCAGUGUUUGGAUGACGAAGAAGAUGAUGAUGACGAGGUUAUAUUGGUUGAAAGUAAACCACAGAAACCAACUCAAAUUUUCAAAGCUGUAGCCCAGGAUGGCGAAAAUGAUGAAGAUGAUGUCAUAUUUGUUAAGGAAGUCUCAAGACCACCUCCAUACUACUAUGUCAGUAAAAACGAGCAAAGAGAUGAAGGGGUCAAAUACUAUAAGAUAUGUCGAAACAUUAAUGAGAGGGGUGUGAGUCAUUCACCAAAAGAAUAUAGCAAAUUAAAAGGUCCUGCUGGAAUAACUAAAUCAUACAAAAAAACUACACCUUUACCAAAAUGGUUACAGCAUCAGCAACGGUCAAAUUCCUCACUGUCACGAAAUAGAUUUUCAACACUAAAUGGAAAUGCUCGGUCAACAUUAUCCGAAGUUUUCAACUUAGAUGAAAAAAGAAGUUAUCAGGAAUUAAUUAAGAAAGUAGCUGAUUCUAUGAAACCAGCAUCCUUGGGAAAACCAUUAGAUAUAUACAAUUUAGCAGAAGACUCUGCGUCGUUUCGGUUAACGCAGCGAUCGCAAAGAAAAUCCUUAAAUGAUUUAAAGUUAGUUGAACAAGGUUUAAGUGCUGAAAAGUUUAACGAAUCAUCAAAUGAGUAUGAUCCCAUUACGGUGGCAUCAAUUAAUUCGUCAGAUUCAGAAAUCGAAAUUGUGCCGUCAGAGACAUCAACCUCAUCAUCUGUUAAAAUCGACAGGAUUAAUUCCUUAAAAGAUGCACAUAAAGAUAGAGCAGUAACAUCAAAUGAUUGGCUUACAAAACUAGAUUCUAAGUAUAAAAAGAGAAAUAAAGAUACUCAAGUGAAAUUAGUGGAUGCAAGAAGGGAAUCUGACAUCAUAUCUAAAGUUAAUUAUGAACAGAAGUUAGCGCAUUUAGAACAUAAAUUAAAACAUGAACUAAGUAUACCAGAGAGUCUAAUAGAAGAACCCCAACCGACUGUUGAGUUACCCCCAUUAACUACUGAACAAGAAAAACUUGUUAAGAAAGCAAUAGGACCAGGGCCCCCUGGACAACUUCUAGUAGAGAAAUUUAAUUUAAGGAUACAUAGGCGCGACAUGCAAACCCUUGCUGGACUAAAUUGGCUAAACGAUGAAGUGAUAAACUUCUAUAUGAAUUUACUUAUGCAAAGGAGUGAAGAACGCAAGGAUUUACCCAAAGUCUAUGCCACAAACACAUUCUUUUACCCAAAACUUAUGCAAAGCGGCCAGGCCGGCCUUAAGAGGUGGACCAGAAAGGUGGACAUCUUCGCGCACAGCCUCAUGGUGGUGCCCGUGCACCUGGGCGUGCACUGGUGCCUCAGCCUCGUGGACUUCCGCGAGAAGCGCAUCCGCUACCUGGACAGCAUGGGCGGCCGCAACCAGCCCUGCCUCGACGCGCUGCUACAGUACCUGCACGACGAGCACCGCGACAAGAAGGGCGCGCCCUUCGACGCCCGCGGCUGGGCCACCGAGAACCAGAAGGAUAUUCCGCAGCAAAUGAACGGCAGCGACUGCGGCAUGUUCGCGUGCACGUUCGCGGAGUUCAGCGCGCGCGGCGCGCCGUACACGUUCUCGCAGGCGCACAUGCCGUACCUGCGGCGUAAAGCGGCGCUCGAGAUCCUGCAGGCACGGCUCUUGCUGUAGCCGCCGCGCCCGACAACUCGCUCCUAACAAGUGGUGUGGUGGAAUAUGCUACACAUUUCGCCUGUUCAUGCAAUGCCGUAAAGUUCUUCCUGUAAAACUUCAUCCGUCUUCCUCGCCACCAUCAUAAUCAACCUACUGCAGAUUGUAAUAGGGUAUAAAAUACAUUGGCUAAAGUCACCAUCCUCUCAUUUCCACAUGACUUUAUAGCUAGAGAGCUACUGGCAUAUUCUUCAGAACAAUUUGAAGUAAUCGGAUAAGCAAAUUUUUUUAUGUAAUUAAUUUAUUUACAAAACUUUUAUUAUUUAGGAUAUCCUCUCAUAUUUUAACCACGGCCGACGUAGACUGUAUUUAUAAAAAGUGGUAUUACGUUGGAAUUUUUUCUUUAUGAAUAAAUAAGCACUCUCCAACCGACAGCAAAAUUUUCAAAUGCCAGCGCGUGAAAAAGCACUGCGUGACUUCGCUUAGGUGUUUUUUUUAACUACCAAUAAUAGGUGAAAUUGUGAACAUUUUGGCUUACCUACUUUACUCACAUUUUUAUUUUUUUUCCUAAUUAGCGGCCAUGGAUAAAUAAUUAUUUGUAAUGAUGCCAUUAACUAUUGAUUAAUAAAAGUAUUAUUCGUGUCCGGUAAUUAAAAAAAAAACACGGGCUUAUAGGUGAGUGAGCCAAUAUUCAAACCCCAAAAUUAUUUUAAGAACAUUAAAGAAAGCAGACACAUAUAGAAGUAGGAUACCAAAGGCGGCCUUAUCGCUAAGUAGCGAUCUACUAAAAAAAAUAAAAUAACUUUAUUUUCAAAAGAUUACUUUUCUAUUAAAUCAAUGCUAGUGGUGUCCACACGAGGUAGCCUGUAUCGUGGACACCAUGAAUGAUUUCUCAUUUAGUUUAACAAAGAUACAAGUAGAUAAAUACAUUGAGGAAGUUUAUAUAUACUAGCUGACCCCAACGCCACCUGUCCGGCUGAUUUGUGAAUCUAAACCAUCCAGGGUGCCACCCAAUUACAAUUGUUACAAUUCAUUCAAAUCGGUCCAGCCGUCUAGGAGGAGUUCAGUGACAUACACACGCACACAAGAAAUAGGUAUAUAUAUAAAUCUAUUUGUUAGCAUAAAAAGAAAAAUAUACUAGUAUGUUGUAAAGGGUAAGUAAACUAUUUAUAACAUAUUUGCCAUUAGUAUUUCCUCUGUGUUAUUGUAAGUUAGUGUUUUUAACUUGUAAGUUAGUGAUUUGCCUGUUUAAUUUUUAGGUGUUUAAGAUUACUUGACUUUGACUUGGCAACAUAGUUGUAGAUAUUUGCAUCAACAUAGUGUGUAAAUCUUCUAGCAAAAAGGAAACAAAGGUAUUUUUUUUUGUUUGUCUUCUCAAAACUUGAUUAUCAUUUUCUACUACACGAAUUUACGUAGUAAAAAUGUCUACCACUAGCUCUCUAGAUAUAAUAGACGCCUCGUAUUUAUUAAAUAAGUUAGUAGGUAAUGUGAUAAUAGCAUCCUCUGAGCGAAGUAUUUUUAAAUGAGUAAAUUAAUUUGAUAUUACAUUUUGAUUUAAUGUAAAAUAAAACUUAAAUUGUAUCAAUUUUAAUUUGGUAUCAUUUGUACUCGGGAAUGCGUGUAUGUUUGUGUGUGUAUAAGUUUUCCGGCGAUUCCAAUCAGACUUGAUAUUCCUGGCGUGAUAUGAACGAGAAGGAAAAGCAUGACUGAUUCUAAUGUUAGAUGGUAUAUUUAAUAUUUCCUAGUUCUUAAUAAAUAAUUUAGCUGUACAUAAUUCUUCAUAACGUACUUUCCUAUUAGCGAAGAAAAACAAGGUAUACAGUAGCCCUAGUACGAGAUGCUCGCUCGCAAUCGAGGUGUCGUUUUCGAGUGAGGGAAAAUAAAUCUUAUAGUCGUAUAGUGUUAUCGCUCAAAUUGAUUUUAAUUAGACAGAACGCUUGUAAAGCAAAAUCGAAGUACAGGAUUUGGUGAACGCCCGGUUGGCACAUGAAGUGUUGGAAAACUUAUCCUUCAAAUAUUUGUACCUAAAGCAAUUCAAUAAUUAAAGAAUUUCCCACACCGGCCAUUCUUAUAUCAAGUUAUCAGUUGCGUUAGUGCACCGUGCAUAUAGCUACGAUUAUCAUUCUAAAACUUACAUAUAUAAACUGUACAUAAAUAGUACCUACCCAUCAUUCAUCUUCGCAUCUCAAUUAGGGUAAAAUUAUUUUUCGGACAUUUAAUCAGUUAUCCAAAACAUCAUUUGCCAUCCUGAAUUCCACGAUAUUUUAGAUUUUAAAGUGAGUGACAUUAGGUCCAUUUUACUUUGACGAUACACGGUUUGAUAUGCGAAAACUACUUCUCGAUGUGAGCCAGCAAAUGUACUUAGGCUAAAGAUAAUUAAAGCGUGCGACACAAUAGUCGGCGCAAGUAGGCGGUUACACGGAAAUCUAAAUAAUUUGUUUUGCACUUCUCAUGUUCUUUAAAGUCUUAGCAAGUUUUAAAAGCACUAAAACUGCUCUAUUUUUUUGUUCCCUGACUGCAAUAUCACCAGUUGCAAUGCACUAAGAUGAUAACGGGCUAACCUCUUGAGAGUAUGGCAGUUAUAUAAAACCUAUAUCCCUAAUCGGUUUUCACGCGUCAUCGUAUCGUACGCUAAAUCGCUUAGCGGCACUUAUUUUACUUGUCUUUGUCGGUAGGGUGGUAAGCAGCAACCGCCGUAGGUUGGCCCACCAGGCCAGAAAAAUUAGAAACUAUAAAUUUCGAUAAUGCUCCUGUCGGAGAUCGAACCUGGGACAUCCCACUUAAAUCCAAAGCGCUCUUCGCUGAGCCACGGAGGUUGUCAAACUAUAUUAUUGCAAAGCAUAAUGAUAACGUCUCAAUUAUUGAUAUACAAAACUUCUAUCUAUAGAAAAUCGUGGAACCGGUGUCAUUGACCCUUUUGAAAAAAUUUGAGCAAAGAGCAAAAUUUUGUAUGCGCGUCGGCUCUGAUUCAGUCUUAGUUAAACAUAAUUGUAUUAAGAAUCUAGAUAAUUAAUAUUUAACGUAAAAUAAAUAUGAAUAUGUUGACUUAAGUAAAAGACAAUGGAUUGAUUUCAUUUGAGUAUAUUUUUUAAGUCAGUAUCUAACAUAUGUUUUUUCCGUAAUAAAAUCCAUGACAGAGAGUUGAAAUGGUCAUUGACUGCCUUAAUGCUAGCUAGCUAUAUUUAACUUUUUAUAAAUUUGAUGCACUCUUUAAGAAACACCCUAUAGCGAAUGCGAGCGACGCGAUGCGAUGGUUAUAUCUUUACGGAUGCAAGCGCAUUCUCAUAUAGAUAAAGAGAUGCAUUCGGAUUGUGGAAGAUGGCAAAUUUAGCAUUGAUUGUUACCUGUCACCGAGGAAUCCCCGCGUGCUAAAUAUUAAUGGGCUGUUAUUAAUAGCCUUUAUACAGGAUUCCCUAGAUCGUGGUGACUCGAAUGGGUACUUAAUUUGGACAGCAGUUUAUUCAUAAAACCUGCAAUAUAAUAUAUUUUGAUUUUAUUAAGUACCAGCGGCGGUUACCUGCGGCUUCGGUUUUUCAGUUUGUCAUGAAUCCUGCGGGAACCGUACAUUUUCCCGGGAUAAAAAGCAGCCUA